UGGGUUCGAACCGUGUCUGGGGCUACAGUGGCUGGCCGCUAGCUGGAGCAGCUCCCGGCCGAACUGGUUCUGUAUUUUGUGCCUUUUUGAUAAAAGAUGAGUGAAGUGUUGGUAAAGCUGCGUUAGAGAGAGAAGAGACCCCGGACUGAUCGGGGGUGACCUGGGAGUGAUCAGCGGUGAUCGGGGGAGACUCGGAGUGAUCAGCAGUGAUCCACAGUGAUCAGGCGUGAUCCACAGUGAUCAGCUGUAACGUGAGGCGAUCCAGGGCGAUCAGCUGUAACGCUAGUUGAUCAGUUGCGAUCCAGAGUGAUCGGCAGUGAUCCACCGUCAGCGUCGCACGUGCAGAAGUCUCCAGAGAUGCCUGAGGUCCGGGACCUUUCAGAGGCGCUGCCAGAGAUGCCCAUGGACCCCAUCACUGGCGUGGGCGUCGUGGCCUCCAGGAACCGAGCGCCCACUGGAUAUGAUGUGGUGUCUACAACAACAGACGGGCUGGACGCAGACCUGUGGAAAGACGGCCUUUUUAAAUCCAAAGUGACCCGCUACCUCUGCUUCACCAGAGUCUUCUCCAAAGAAAACAGUCAUCUGGGUAAUGUUCUAGUGGACAUGAAGCUCAUCGAUAUCAAGGACACUCUGCCUGUCGGCUUCAUCCCGAUCCAGGAGACCGUUGAUACCCAGGAGCAGGCCUUCAGGAAGAGGCGGCUCUGCAUUAAGUUCAUUCCCCGGGACUCCACGGAGGCGGCCAUCUGCGACAUCCGCAUCCUGGGCCGCUCCAAGCAGGCUCCUCCUCAGUACACCUUCAUCGGAGAGCUGAACAACAUGGGGAUCUGGUAUCGGAUGGGGAACGUGCCCCGAGCGCAGGACUCCACCCUCACCCCCACCACCAACAACGUCAACGCCAACUCGUCCUCCGGCCCCGCCCCGGUCCCGGCAGCCCCCAUGCCCAAACACAUUUCCAUGACGCUCCCCGCCAGCUUCAGAGGGAAAAACACCACCAGGCCGGACUACGAGCACCAGAACUCCAACUUGUACGCCAUCUCAGCCAUGGACGGAGUGCCUUUCAUGAUCUCUGAGAAGUUCGCCUGUGCGUCGUCCGACCUGCAGCAGGUCGACCUGAUGGGAAUCACCAUCAAGUCGCUGUCUGACAUCGAGAAAGAGUAUGAUUACAGUUUCCGUACGGAGCACAGCGCCGCCGCUCGCCUCCCGCCCAGCCCGACACGGACCUCCCUGAGCUCCGAGGCCUGAACGCCGCCUCCUCCUCCUCCUCCUGCUCGCCCUCUGUCUGUCCCCCCUCCCUCUCCCUCUCUCUCUCUGUGGACACCACCACUACUGAGAAGCUGCCCAGAACAAACUGUCCACACUUCUCCAUCAGCGCUGUCCUGACAGGAAGCAGGAAGUGGGAGGACGGACGGACGAGAGGCUGAAACCACUAGAGAACUGAACGCUGAGUGUGGAAGGAGAGGUUUAGAAAGAAGAGCUUAGUGUGAGGCGAGAAGCAGCCCUCUGCAGACUGACUGGACCCCCCUCCCCCGUCUGAAGGCCUGCUGCUGGACUUCCUGGACGGACCGGUCUCCUCGUCGCUCCUGGCCUGUGAGCGGCGCUCUCCUCUGUCUGUCUCUGUUUCUGAACCACUCCUCUGAGCCGGCAGCUUCCACUCGUACAACCACUGUUACUGUUGACCCGUUCGAACCUGUUCGGUCCGGUUCUGAACCGUUCUGAGCCGCUCCGAGCCGCUCCGACCCAUUUCGGGUAACAACCUGUCUCCGAACCAUUUCACCCUGGAGGCCCGACUCCAGCUCCUCCGCGUUCCACUUGUUGUUCGUGGCUUAGUAGUAUUUUUUUCUUCCCUCUUUCAUCAGUGGGAUGUGAGGAAGGGUGAAAGCUGAAAAUGUGCCUGCAGCGACGGAACGUUCUCCUCUCUGUUACUCCUGGGAUCGCUCCCCUGCUCCUCCUCUCGGAAGCGUCGCUUCAUUUUAGUCUUCAGUUUCAAAGAACACGGCAUUGUUUUUUUAAGUUUUUAUUCUGUGGUGCUGAACCUUCCUCCAUACGUUUAGCCAGCUCCGCAGCAUUCAUCCCGCGGCGCUCGUCCUGCAGGAGCCUCUCGGCCGCAGAGAUUAGUAAAAGGGAAUAGUAAAGGACUAAUGGUUUUAAUCCAGUCUGUAACGUUUAGAUAUCUCGGCUAAAACCACUAACAGUGCUACGAUAGCUAACGCGAGCCGGUUUACACAUCUCAUAAAUACAACCGAACCUUCAGGUCAGGUACAUUUCCACAACAUUUCCUGUGAUGUUCGUCUGAACGAGCUUCAUCUUCACACUCCAGCCUCCUGUGACGCUGAAAAAAAAAAAAAGGCUUUUUGUUAUUUUCUUCUCCUCACACCUCACCAGGGAGAAUAGGAACUUCAUUUAACCUUU